AAUGCUACACUGCUGCAUGACACUUGACAAUUUUUCUACUGCCUUGGUUAGCCAAGAAAAACAAUUAAAAAUCAGAAGUCCAUAAAGUGUGCAAGCCAGGAUUUGAAGAACAAAGUGUUCUGAAGACGACUGUGCUGUACGUAGAACCCUUAACAGGAACAAUAGUGUUUACUUUGAGUAAAAGUGUGCAUCGAUCGAUUAAUUGCUUAAAAUGGACCGUAUGGAGCUGCAAAAAGUCAACACAGAUCUUGAUGAUGACAGCAACAGUGGAGACAGCAUUGAGGAUGGAUACAGCAAAGAUAUGGAUUCUGAGAAAGCUACAAUGAACAGUCAGUAUGUUGAGGGAGACGAUGCCGAAAGUCAGAAGUUUCUAACAAAUGGUAUAGGCGGAAAGAAGAAACUGGAUGAAUAUGCAGAUGAGCAUCAUCCUGGGACCACUUCAUUUGGCAUGUCAGUAUUCAACCUGAGCAACGCUAUCAUGGGCAGUGGAAUUCUCGGUCUCUCCUAUGCAAUGGCUAAUACAGGCAUUAUACUGUUUGUGGUGCUUCUUCUUGGAGUUGCCAUUUUAUCGUUAUACUCUGUACAUCUCCUGUUGAAGACAGCAAAGGAAGGAGGUUCAUUAAUUUAUGAAAAAUUAGGAGAGAAAGCUUUUGGAUGGCCUGGAAAAUAUACAGCUUUUGUAUCUAUUACAAUGCAAAACAUUGGCGCUAUGUCAAGCUACUUGUUUAUUGUGAAAUAUGAACUUCCUGAAGUAAUUAAAACUUUCAUGAGAUUGGAGGAGAAUACAGGAGAAUGGUAUCUGAAUGGGAACUAUCUGGUGAUCUUUGUAUCUAUUGGGGUAAUUCUUCCACUGUCUAUGCUGAAAAAUUUAGGUUACCUUGGAUACACAAGUGGAUUUUCUCUGUCUUGUAUGGUGUUUUUCGUCAGUGUGGUGAUUUACAAGAAAACUCAGAUACCAUGCCCAUUACCCUUGCUGGGCCCCCAUCAUGGAAAUUUGACAAGCAAUAAUACCUAUCAUUUGCAUCCCCUUAUGAUACAAAAUUAUACUGUCGAUUCUGGUGUGAACUUUAUGAUGGAUUACAAUCAAGGGGAAACAGCAGGGAUUGGUGAACACAAAGACAAUACCCACGGAAGUGGGGUGGAAUUCGAAGCCCACACAGAUGAAAAAUGCAAGCCCAAAUUAUUUGUGUUCAACUCUCAGACAGCCUAUGCUAUUCCAAUCUUGGCCUUUGCUUUUGUGUGCCAUCCUGAGGUGUUACCAAUCUACAGUGAGCUAAAAAGUCGAUCCCGAAGAAAAAUGCAGACCAUUUCCAAUCUUUCAAUAACAGCAAUGCUCGUGAUGUAUCUCUUUGCUGCACUUUUUGGCUAUCUUACAUUUUAUGGAGAAGUUCAAGACGAAUUACUUCACACCUUCACAAAAGUCUAUAGAUUUGAUACCCUUCUUCUCUGUGUCCGCUUAGCAGUGCUGGUAGCAGUGACCUUGACAGUGCCAAUUGUUUUGUUCCCAAUCCGCUCAUCACUCACUACACUGUUAUUUCCUGGAAGGCCAUUUAGCUUGCUUAGGCAUUUCCUGAUUGCCUUCGUUCUCCUGGCUUUUAAUAAUACCCUUGUCAUAUUUGUGCCUACUAUUAAGGAUAUCUUUGGCUUCAUUGGUGCAUCUGCAGCAACAAAUUUGAUCUUCAUUCUUCCAGCUGCAUUCUAUCUACGAAUAGUGAAAAAGGAACCUUUCCGUUCCCCACAGAAAAUUGGGGCCCUUGUAUUCCUUAUUGUUGGAGUCAUAUUUAUGAUUGGAAGCAUGGGACUUAUUAUAUCCGAUUGGAUCCUUAACCCACUUUCCUCCAAGCAUCAUUAACCCCGCCUGUGCCUUAACACAAGAGUGAAUGGCUAUAAGACAGUUUUUCUAAAUGAGUCCAAAGACUCAAUGAGUCCAAAGACAAGUCCAAAGACUUGUUGGUACCAACAAAUGUGAUACUGAACACUUUUUUAGGGGUGAUUAUUUAUGCAUUAUACAUGCACAUGUUAAUAUUUCUAGAACUACUGAAAUUGAGUACAUGGAAACAAGUGAUACAAUCAUGGAUGAGCUGCUGGAAUAAGGAUCAAUGAAGGAUACUGGAGAAUGGAUUAUGCCAGAACUCUAUUUUUGCAACCACUGCUCAUGUCUUUAGUGGAGACGGAUUCUGAAAAAUGUGCAUCUUGGAAAGUAAACAUACUUGGACUUUUUUCCUUAGAAGCCCUUAGUGGAUUCCUUAUCCCUGGAUCGUAAAUAUAACAUCAAACCUAAUAGUGAAAGCCAAGCUUCAAAAUAUUUCCUUCAUUUUUUUAAUAGAGUGAUUUUUUUUUUCAUGUGUGUUCCUAUUGGGUAGAUUUCCCUUCACUUCCAGUCAAGACAAACAAAUAUCCCCAGUGGGGAUGUAUAUUAAAACAAAACUACAUUUUUUGAGGCACUUAGAACUUCAGAUUGUUUUAUUGCCACCCUAACACCCUAUCCUAGUGACAAUUGCACCCACACCCCCAUUUUUUUUUAUCUUUUCAUUGGGGUCACAAACAAAAUGCCUUACAGAAAUGUUUAGUCUUUCCCACUGUAUCAAUAAUAAAAACGCUGUCUAGAUUUUGGCUUUAAAGUCCUUCAAAACCUCUGUUUUGAGGAUAUCAUCAUGGCCAUACAUGGCAUAGGAUUUUAUUCACAGUCGAAUUUGAAUUUUCUCAUCUUAUUUCUGGUAUUUUGCACCUAAUAUGUAUGAAUAGUUGAACCAUUGUACAGAUUUUUGAAUGUAUAGUCCUGAGAAUCUGGAGUUAUAAACCUUUAGGUCUUAAUUUAUAGUAAAUAUGGAAAUGUAGGGUGCCCUGGAGUACAGGAAUUUUGUAUGCAUCAGGAGCUAUCAGGAGAAGAGGAAAGGCACUGCUGCACUUAGACACAUAGGGUUAAAUGAUCCUGGGAAUACAUUUUACGUGCAGCGUACCUAAAGGUUCUGGUUUCCUGAUAUCUAAUGGAUCUGGCCUUAUCUGAAGAGGGGAAAACUAAGAAAAAAUACCUAGAUUAUAAGACAUAAUGUGCAAAUGAUCAUGCCAUAUCCAGACCGUAAAUUUGCCAGAUACGGUCAUUGUAUAAUUUUAUCUACCCAAUUAGCUGUUUAAUAUUUAAUAGCUUAAGGGACCUACAAACAUACAGGGGCUGGCUGCACAUAUCCAGUUUCUUUUCUUAUACCGAUGUGCAAACAUGACUUUUAGAGACAGCCCUAGCGCCAGUCUAUCUUGGGGAGAAAACAGUAGCAGACAUCUGGGAAAAUCCCACCAGACCAAAUAAUUCUUCUCCUAAGAAGGUUUAGGCAGGGGUUGCCUGCCAGAGUCAGGAAAGGCUUAAAGAAGUAUAAUUUUUUUCUCCAAUUAAGUCAUAAUUGAGCUAGAUCUAUUAAUGCUUCCCUACCACAAUGUUAUAGGCAUAUUUUGAAGUCUGCUGAUAAUGUUAUUAAAUUUCACAUUGUCCGUACUGCAGAUUUGGGAAUUUGUGCCCUUGUGUGCAUUAGUGAUGAAUUAGGGAAAAACUCAUAUUUUCUGUUAUCCUUUAUUUAAAAACAAUCCCCUGAAUAUUAAAAUGUUGGUCUGUUAAA